AGUGCUUUUAUAAAUCUCAAGUCUUUAUUUCUAUAUUCUAGAAAUAUCACAAAGAAACAACGAAGCCAUGAAUCAUUCUACCGUGGAAGAAUCUCCGAUCCGACGGCGUCCAUGGUGGCAGAACAAAUACGUAAUAUACGAUAUUGUCAUGAACGUGCUAUUGAUAGGCUUCAACGUUGCAACCUUCUUGUAUAUAAGACGUUACAAUAUUCCAAUAGUUUCACGUAAAGACCAUAUGAUCGAGUUUUUUGUGGCUCUCUACUGCGCAUCGAGCAUUGUUGGUGUGGCCAUAUGGGUCUACAAGUUCAAGAUGAAGAUCCCCGAACGUCCCUUUGAAGGUGGCGUCAUGAAUGCUGCUAAUUUCUGUGGCGUUAUUAUACUCAUUAUCUUCCUCUAUUCUAUUUCUCCCAUCGUUGCUCUUAUUGUCGGUAUACCUUCUUUGUUAUGGGUUGUAUCCAUUAUAAUCUACACUUGUCGUCGACAUUAACUAGAAUAUACCCGCGCUUAAUAUCUAUCUUUUUUGACGUCAUCAACUUAUAUACCUUGUAUAUUUGUUAUGUCUUCU